AGAGAGCGUGGCGGCUAAUGACCGCGGCUGGGCGGCAGUCUGCCAGUAGGCACUCGACGUACUGCCAGGAAACAUGAACGGAAAAGUACUCACCGUGCUCGGACCCGUAGAACCGUCCUUGCUGGGCAAGGUGCUGACGCACGAACAUCUCUCGGACACUCUUGACGCCCGAGUGUUCCUCAGUGGCCCGUCAGAGCUACACCAUGUCGAAAUGAGCAGCUGCUCUGUGGCCAUGGAAAACCUUUGGUGGAUACGUCAAUUCCCGUACAACAAUAUGGAGAACCUGCGCUUUCAUGGCGCCGAUGUGGACGAAGCCAUUCUGGCAGAGAUGCGCUUCUUGCGAUUGAAUGGCGGAGGUGCUUUGGUCGAAAAUACCUGCCGUGGAAUGGGACGCAACAUUCCACUUAUGCGCCGCGUAGCACAGGAAACGGGCCUUCAUAUAAUUGCUGGUACAGGCUACUACGUGUGGGCCAACUACGGAAGUUCCGUGCUGAGCAAGAGCUUGGAAGAAGUUGAGCGUGACUUCAUCGUAGACAUCACCGAGGGAGCGGACGGGACUGAUUCUCGGUGCGGCGUUCUUGGGGAGCUUGGAUGCAGUUGGCCUAUGCACGAGUUCGAGGUGCGUGUGCUACGCGCGGCCGCAUCAGUGCAGCAGUCUACCGGCUGUCCAGUCAUCAUCCACCCGGGACGGAGCCCACAAGCGCCCGGCGAGGUAGCCAGGAUUUUCGCCGAGGCUGGCGGAAAACUACGCCACACUGUCAUGUCACACCUCGAGAGAACAUUCUUGGAAGCCGAUGCGCUGGUUGAAUUUGCGCAGUCGUAUGGCAGCUACUGUGAGCACGAUCUGUUCGGCUUGGAGACGUCACACUACCAGCCUGCACCGUCCUUCAGCAUGCCCAGUGAUGCGCAGAGACUGGACCAGCUGAAACAUCUCGUGGAUGAAGGCUUCAGUGACCGUAUCGUGAUCAGCCAUGAUAUCCACACACGGCACAGGCUAAUGAAAUAUGGGGGCCAUGGCUACUCUCACAUCUUACUGAACGUCGUACCGGCAAUGCUUCGACGUGGGUUCUCACCGGAUGCUGUGCGUGCCAUCACUGAGACCAACCCACAGACCUGGCUCACCUAUUGGUAACCACAGUCUUGCCAUAGCUGCCACAAGACUGAGAGACUGAGGGUGUUUUUUUAUGGCAGGGGUGGAAAAAUCGUUAUAUUUUCUGUAUCGCUUGAGAUG